UUGUUCAUUCGUCUCAGUAUGACGCGAAACAGAAGACUGGAUUUGGACGAUGACAGUUGCUGUGGCUUGCGUUUGCUGAAGAUAAUAAUUUAUUUUUUCAACUUUUUGUUUUAUAUAUCCGGCAUCGUUUUGAUAGGUAUUGGCAUUUGGACAUUUGUCUAUAAGUGGGAAUACGUAUCACUAUUGGCGAGAAGUACCUAUAGAGUGAUCACUUAUACAGCCGUCUUUACGGGCUUUUCUGUUAUCGCUGUGGCCACAUUCGGUUGCGUUGGAGUGGCCAAAGGAAGAGCUAUGUUUGUUCUGAUUUGCGAAGUUGUUGUGACUGUGGAAAGUAAAUCAUUAAGUAGAGUGGAAUCGCUGAUGGACGCAAAUGUAUCAUUCGAAUUUCAGUACACGUUAUUGCUGCUAUCAGUGCUAGUAUUGGAAGGGGUGCUGUGUAUUUUUGCAUAUUCGUACAGUGAGCAAAUCAGCAACGAAUUGAAUUCAUCGCUUAUGGCAAAUCUUUUACGGGACCAUUCGAUAGAUACCGAAAUCAGUAAUGCAAUUGAAACGUUGCAUAAGCAGGGCAAAUGUUGUGGGGCACUCACGUUCGAGGAUUGGCGCAAUUCGGUGUGGUGGCAAAACGUGAAUACAGCUACACUUUCGGGCAGUCGUGGAUUCGAUUUAUCUGUGCCGGACUUUUGCUGUCGUACACAGACGACUGAUUGCGGUCGUCGUGAUCACCCCUCCAACAUCUAUUAUGAUGGCUGUCAGCGAUAUCUUGUUACGUACAUGAAAGAACACUUAACAAUAAUCAGUGGAACGGCGUUUGCUCUAGCAGUUGUACAGUUGAUUGGAACAAGCUUCGCGACGUGUCUUUUCGUGAAGUUGAGGGAUUUCUCGAAGCCAGACCUCCCAAGUGCUCGAUCUCAUGAUUACAGCUUUUAUUGA